UAUGAAGGCAGAUAGUUUUUAAACUAAAUUCCUAGCAUAAUAGAUUAAGAAUAAAAUUGAACAUAAAAACUAUUACUCCUCUUUUAAUCUUGGAAAUAGUGUAUUUACAUCAAAAAUGAAAUCAGAAGAGUCAAUUGAUAAAAAGCUAUCUGCUAGUUAACCAAUGUCUCCUAGUUAUUUAAAAGCCAUGAGAGCCUUAUAAGAUAGAAUAAGAACUCUAGAAGGAGAAAAUGGUAUUCUCAAUGAGUAAAUUGUAUGAUUCAAUCAUUAUACAUUUAUAGAAUAUAUCGUAAAAUUAUUGUACAACUGCUCAUGUAAAAAGUAAAUAAAGAAAUAAAGUUGAGAAACUAUUAAGUACUAUGACAAAGCAUGAUGUAUUUUAAAAAGAUAAAAAUGAUGAAAAAGAUUAAAAAAUAAAGGAACUGGACAAGAAAUUGAGAUAAUCAGAAAUAGAUAAUGAGGAUAAGAUUGCUUAUAUUCAUUCUGAUUAUAAAUUUUAGAUUAGUUAGAAUGAAUCAAAGAUUAGAGAAUUAACAGAAGAAAUUAGUAAUAUGUAAUGUAAAAUUCUUAAUUAGAUAACAAUAAUUACAUUUGAAUUUGGAUACAAAUGAGAGUUAUAAAAAAAAGAUUACUUAAUUAAAUUAAUAAUUGCAAAAAGAAAAAUAAGUAAUUGUAUUUCAUUUAUAAAUAGAUUACUCUUAAUUAUUAAUUAUAAUUAGAUACAUUUGUUAAAAGUAGUAAAUAAUGGAAUGAGAGUAUGUCUAAAAUGAAUUCAGAUAUAAAAUAAUACAAAGAAUAAAUACAAGAAUUAUAACAAUAUUUAGAUUGGUAUACUACUCAAUAUCCUGUUGAUAAAUUCUAAAAUAUGGAAUUUGAAAUUAAAUAAUUAUAAACUAAAAAUGUUGAUUUAAUAAACUAAUUGGAUUAAUAAAGAUAAUAAAAUUCUUAAUUACUUUCAGAUAUUUAAUUACUUAAAUUAUAAUAUGAAAGAAUAGAAUCUCAAAAACAUAAAUAAAUAGAGUAAUUAAAUGCCAAAAUCUUUGAAUUAUAAUUAUUAGUAUAAAGAUAGGACUCAAAAGAUUAAUAUUAAUAGACUUCAAAUAAAAAAUAAGUCAAAAAGUCUUCAAUUACUCAAGUACCUACUUCAGAAUAAGAAUAAAUUAAAUAAACAACUGAUGAUGACAAUAGUAUUGUAAUUAUUAAAAAGAAUAAUGAAGAUAUUUAAGAAUAUGAAAAUAUUUCAAGAUAAAUAAUUAAAUUGGAAUUAAUGUUAGAAGAACUUGACUAAAAAUAUGAUUAAAUUGUAAAAUAAGCUUAAAUUGAAACAGAAAUGAAAGUAAAAUAAACUUUGAGAUAAGAAUUAAUUUAAAUAUUGGCUUAAAUUAAGGAUAUAAACUAAUAAAUUAAUCUAUUGAUUUCUUAGUAAAAAUCUUUGAAAACUAGAUUAUGA